AGUAAAAAUGGUGGAUUUCCAACCUCCCCCGCUCAGAACCUUGGACGAUUUUCUGCUAAGUUCGGCUCGAUUUUCACUGCCUGAUGUUCGUAACCUAGAUCGAUGGAAUAACCGGAUCAUAAACAAUCUGCUAUACUAUCAAUCGAACUAUUUUGCCACCGCAUCAGCCUUUCUGGUUAUAGUCGGGUAUUUCCAAACACUUAAGCUGAUACUUGGAGCAGCAGUUGUCAUCAUUGUGUUCUUGGGAUUUGUCUGGGCAGCUGAAAACAAGGCAGUAAUCCGACGAUUCCGGAGGAAUCAUCCAUCUCUCUCCCUAGCUGCAAUUUUGGGCUCCAGCUACCUUUUCUUGUCUGUUUUAGGAGGGGUGGCUGUUUUCCUCGUUGGCAUUGCUUUUCCCAUAUUAAUGAUCCUUGUACAUGCUUCAGUAAGACUCCGAAGCCUUAAGAAUAAACUGGAGAAUAAGUUGGAGAGCAUAGGAUUGAAGAGGACUCCCAUGGGCCUUGUACUGGAAGCGCUGGGACAGGAACAAGAGGCUGGAUCAUAGCUGUGUACUAUAAUUAAACUAUCGGUCACCACUUCCACACCACAAGUUUUUGUGUGUUUGUGUUUUUUAAAAUGAAUGUUGUCUUAUGAAAGUGCCCCGUGCCCUAUUUUAUUAUCUAUACAAUACAAUUUAUAAUGCAGUACAUAAAGAACAAAAAAUGACACUACAGGAUCAAGUGUAAAUAAGUUGUCCAAAAAUAAAACAGCAAUAUGUAGGUUAAAGGGCAAUUUAAUCUAUUACAAGUAUUAUUGCUUCAUUUUACUGGUUUAAUUGUGCCUAUCCAUUUUUCCACAAAUGUUGUCUGAGUAACUCCUUUUGUGUACUGUGUUUAAAUAACUUUUUAUAAGAUAUUUUUUUAGCAUUUCUCUGACAAAUGUUACAUGACCAACCAUGUUUUUACAUGUGCCAUGAGGGGCCUACCAUACAUUUUGUAGGAUCUCCCACACCGUGCCUAGGUAAAUACUUUUAUAGCAACACGUUAGUGACCAAGAAUGUAUAGUUUGUUUUCAAAUGCAUUGCACAUUAUCAAUUUUGUUAAUAAAGUUUGAUCUUAAGUGCCAGUAACAAUGGAUAAAUAUACCUAUUCCAGAUUACGAAAAUAAAGAGAUUUUUUUUCCACUGCAUGUUGAAUGUUUACUACAUAAGUUGCGUUUUUGUAUUUCAGGAAAUGAUUAUUCAUAGUAGUGCUUUUAAUUCAUAAAUUAUUUGCCAGUCUUUUGAUUUUGGUGGCGAUUAUUAAACCCCAGCCAACCUGUAUAUUUGGGUCAAACUUGUUGGGCAACAUUAGUACUGAGUGGCAUGAGCCCACAAUUUGCAGAAUAUAGAUGUGUCUUUUCCUUAAAUAAGUAAGGUAGCACUUUACUUGAAGGGGUUUACAUAAGACUGACACAUUGUUUGAAUAUGAAGGAUAUUUUAUGCAUGCUCAUUAUAACUGUCAUUCACUCAAAUUUGUAAUGUUAUUGUCACAAUGUAGGUUAAAAUGUCUUUGUUUUGACAAACUGACAUAAACUUGUACAUGAUAA